AUGUUUCCGAACCGGUUUGUGGUUCGGCAGCCCAGGGCAGGUCCGGCGGCGGAGGUUUGGGCGAAGCUGAUGGAGAGAGACGCGCAGCUCAUGCAGAUGCUGGCCAACCGGCGCAUGCUGGAGAAGGUGGGGUCCGGUGUGGGUGUGGUUGUGCCAGCAGAGUUGACUUUUGAGUGGAUGGUGGAGAAGGUCAUGGCCACCAACGAUCUCACCUGCACUGACUUGGACAAGGUCACUUUUGCCGAGCCUCUGACAGAGGAAGAAGCGGAGCAGCUGGUGGGGCUGGCAGCAGCACACGCCAUCAUGCAGGGCGCAGCAGAGGGGGCGAAGGGAGGGGCCACGGAGACCAGCACGGGGGAGUCAGAGAGAAUGGCAAAGGAGAAGGAGGGGGAGCAGGAGGAGAGGAGGGAGGGGAAGGGUGAGGAAAAGGAGGGGGAGGAGAAGGGUAAGGAUGGGGGGAAGGAGGAUAGGGAAGGGGAGGUGGAGGAUGGAGAAAGUGACGGAGGCGAGCUUGUCAUUUCAGCCAAGAGGUGGGUGCUGGAGUUGCAGCAUUAG